CUUCGUGCCAUAAUAACAUCGGGGUUCUUCGGCGGCGCGCUCGUGCACUAUUGCGUGUCGAUUGCGAGAGAAAACACUGGUGUAGUAGCAUGUGUAUUCUGGAACCGAACAAGCAUCUGAACAUCAGCCUCCGAAGUACUAUAUAUAGACAAAAGCAGCUUUCGCGACAUCCAAAAGUAGAGAAGAGAUGCCGAACGACCGCAGUCAAAGCAGCAGUGCGCUGCGCAACGCCGGGAAGGCCCUGAUCGACGACCCACAUUCGCUGCUGGUGAAAGACCAGCGUGACCGGUUAUGCAUUGCAAAUAUGUCUCGGUCUGGAAGGAUGUAAGGUUUGUCAUGCAUGUUUUGCAUGAUCCAUGACGCCUGUAAUGCAUGACCUAGGAUCACUGAUUUUUAGAAGGCUUCCUGAUGCCUAUUACGCAUGACAAAUGCCCUCCCCGCGUAGCACAAACUGGACUCCUCUUGCUGGUCAUGCAAUACAGACGCUUUUAGAAUCCAAAGACAGCAUCACAAGUUGGACCCUUCCAGACCCAGACAUAUUUGCACUUGAUGCCGGUGGCUGAAAUACCGUGGGAAGCCGGAGUACACGGACUUUUCCACCAGCGAGCGGCACAAACUCUAUCCUGUGCAAAAGUAUCGUACUCGUAUUGCAGUCAUGCAUUACAAAUCUUUCUCUUAAGUUAAAUCAGCAUUACAAAUUUUACCUUUCAUGCUGAGGAAAUUUGUAAUGCAUUUAUACGAGUACGAUACUUUUGCAGUUCACAAACUCAUAUGCGCUGCAAAAGUCUCGUACUCGUACUUCUAAUUGCAGUCAUGCAUUGCAAAUCUCUUUCUUGAGGCAACUCCGCAUUACAAAUCAUGUUAUCUAUUCAUCAUGAAUAGAAACAUGAUUUGUGAUGCGAUUUAUAGUACUAGUCAGUGCGAAAAUUUGACUUUUGCGAUGCAUAACUCAAGCGAUACUACGACACGCUCGCAAACAACCCGGUCGCCAGCAUAGAAGACUUCUUCGUCGGUAAAGGUUUACAAUCUGAGAAAUUGGAUUCAGUCUCUUACUCUCUCUUCAUCUAGCUCUAGUGGAUGAGUCUAGUUUUGGAUUUGAUUGUAUUGCGACAUUGACAUCGGCAUCGCAAAGCGUUCGCAGCCUCCUUCUGCAUGACAAGCUUCUAUAAUUUGGUCUCUUCCUUUCCCACAGCUUUCGGGCUAUGCGAGAGUCGGCAGCAGCUGCUUCGUAUUCUGCCGAAAGGAGGGAUAACGUCGUUCGCAGAUUUCCUCCAGAUGCUCUCCUGCACGUCGCAAUCAAAGAAGGGAGAAGAGCACCGGAAAAGGGUUUUGUGGAUCCUGAAAAACAUGAUGUCCGGCGUCCUCGGCGACGAAGAACUUGGAUUUCCUCUUCGCGUCAGCUCGUAUUGAUUCUUCUGUUUUUUUUUGUCAUGCAUAGUGCUCCACGCGAUGCUACAAUGCAUUACGAUGAUUAGCAUCACAAAUUUCUUCAGUUACCGCCGCAAGAUGCUCAUGGACGCUUUGAUGUCGAAGCCUGGCACUGAGGAGCAAAUGCGCGGGUCGCGAGUGCUGAACGGUUUUGCGCGGCAGCUGGUCAGUAGUCAAAAACGCCGGAACGCUGGCUCGGCGUCGGAACCGAACCUGCUCAGUGCGGACCUGACAUAAAGAAACACAAAGGAGGAACUUUACACAAUAGGAAUAAAACGCAAGAUUGAAAAAAAAAACAGUAAGUUUCUGUUUCGCUUUGUUUCGUCUUUUUUAUGCCACCCGAGCAAGACGACCAUCAUCACAGGAGGAGGAUGAAGUAAGUAGCACAAGUUUUGGUUAAUAACUCAGAAUGUUUUUACUUUUGACAAUUGAACAAAUAAGCGCGCUCUCGUCGUCGCGUAUUUGGUUGAUAUGUCCACCGAGAU